AUGCAGCAACUCAAUACCACUGACCUUGCUCGCCGAGAGGCCCUCGAGGCUUUUCGAACUCUCCUUCCUGCAAAUCCUGCACCAGGUGAGGCAACAGAACCUUACAAGAUAGUAGAUGACAUCGCAUACUCUUUGUCGAGACUUCCCCUUGGGACAGCUCGUCCCCUAAAAGUCAUCGUCGUUGGCGCCGGAUUCAGUGGGCUCGCAUUCGCGCGGGAGGUUGAAACCCAGCGCCUUGCGAAUGUGCACUUGCAAAUCUACGAGAAAAAUGCGUCUGUUGGAGGGACUUGGUUUGAGAACAGAUAUCCAGGCUACUAUGCGAAAGGACCGGAUAUUCACCGUUAUAUGGAGGCCGUGGCAGAUCAACACAACCUCCGCCAAUACGUCAAAGUUUGCCACAAAGUAAUCGGUGCGAAAUGGUUAGAACCCAAACAGAAGUGGUGCGUCACUGUUGUCCGCACAGAUGGACGACCGGUUAGGGUCAGUAACCGGGAUGCCAAUAAAGAGGGCGAGGUGGACGAACCAUUCAACGAGGAAUGCGAUAUUUUCAUCAACGCAACAGGCUGCUUUAACGAUUGGAAAUGGCCAACUAUUCCCGGUCGAGAACUAUUCCAGGGUCAGAUGGUACACUCAGCGGUCUGGCCUGAAAAGGAUCAACUGAAGCUGAAGGGGAAAACGGUCGGUUUGGUCGGAAACGGAAGUACAGGUGUGCAAAUUCUCCCUGCGAUUCUGGAUGAGGUCGAGAAGGUCUAUGUCUUCAUUCGUAGCCGGACCUGGGUCACUGCUAGCUUUGCACAAAAGUUUGCUGGCCCUAAUGGCGCGAACCUUUUUUUCUCUGAGGAGCAGAAAAGACGCUGGAGGGAACAUCCAGAGGAGUAUCUUGCUUAUCGAAAGGAGGUGGAAUCGGAAUUAAAUUCUCGAUUCCGGCUAUACCUGAAAGAUUCGAUAGAGCAGCGAGAAGCACGGGAGUACUCUGUUUCCCAGAUGAAUGAGAAGCUAGCUUCGAGACCGGAAGUGCAGAAGCGGCUUAUUCCUGAUUUCUCUGUUGGUUGUCUGGGGUGGGAUCAAAUCCUCAACGAAUCCGGCUUAAUGUCCGACUCUGGAGAACAAUUCAAUGUUGACACAAUCAUCUGUGCUACGGGAUUCAACAUGUCCUUUGCCCCCCGCUUUCCUAUAAUCGGUCGAAACAACACAAAUUUGCAGGCAAAGUGGGAAGAAACCCCGGAAUGCUACCUAUCUGUCACUGCAGCCGACAUGCCUAAUUACUUCGUUUAUCUCGGCCCUGCCAGUCCUAUUGGCCAUGGUAGCGUGGUCUCCUCACUGGAACGGGUCACAGAGUACAUUUCACGGUUCAUCCAAAAGCUCCAGACAGAAAACUACAGCUCUGUGAUUCCAAAGGCACACAUCCCGCGCGCAUACCAGCGACAAGCCCUCGCAUGGCUGGAGAAGACAGCAUGGAACUCUAACUGUGCAUCGACAUACAAGAAUGGCAAGGUCAAUGGCCCACUGAUAUCUCUUCAUCCGGGUUCGAGAUUGCAUUACUUCAAGCUACUUUCAAACCCCCGGUGGGAAGACUUUGAGUGGACAAGCCUGUGUCCAGAAGAGGAAUUGACUUUUGCCUGGUUGUCUAAUGGGUUUAUUCUAGAAGAGUGCCAGAAGGAUAAUGAAAUGGAUUUAACGUGA